GAAAGAUGUAUCACAUAGAAUAACCUAAUUUUCCAAAAGUAGCAUUGUAAUUAUUGCUAUGCUUGCUGAACUGCGUUAGCUGCUCAACAAUCAGAGCUAACAAGUCAUUCGUAUAGGCAAGAUGGCAGAAGGGCAAGAUUCUAAGAAGAAAAUUAAUAUUACAGUUAAAACUACGAAAGAUAAGAAAACUUUGGAAGUUGAAGAGGAUACCUCUAUUAAAGAUUUCAAGGAAGUGAUAUCCAAAGAGUUCAAUGCUGAAAUUCCGCAGAUAUGUUUAAUAUUUGCAGGGAAAAUUAUGAAAGACAACGAAACCCUAGCACAACAUAAUGUCAAAGAUGGUGUGGUAGUUCAUUUAGUUAUUAGGUCCAGUAAUCAAGCCCCGAACAAUCAAACUGCCUCUCAGCAACGACCACAACAACAGAGCGCAACUUCGGCACCAGCUGGAGGAUUCAAUAACAUGAUGGGUGGUAUGCCAGGCUUUGCCGGUUUAGGAAAUUUGAAUCUAAUGGAACUCCAACAGCGAAUGCAAAGGGAAGUGAUGGCUAACCCAGAGACGUUGAGGCAAAUAAUGUCAAAUCCUUUUGUACAGACGUUGAUGUCAGAUCCAAACAACAUGAGAUCAUUAUUUAUGUCAAAUCCACAGAUGCAAGAGUUAAUGGAGAGGAAUCCAGAAAUAAAUCACAUGUUAAAUAAUCCUGAGUUGUUACGCCAAACUAUGGAAUUGGCUAGAAAUCCAUCAAUGCUCCAAGAAUUAAUGAGAACCCAAGACAGAGCAAUGUCCAAUUUAGAAUCAAUACCUGGUGGAUAUAGUGCUUUACAUAGAAUGUAUAGAGAUAUUCAGGAACCAAUGUUGAAUGCAGCUUCUGAGCAGUUUGGAGUAAACCCUUUUUCCAAUCUUGUUUCUGGUUCUGCAGGGGGAGCAGAUGCUGCUAAUAAUCCACAACAAGGUCAGGAAAAUGUCGAACCUCUCCCUAACCCUUGGUCUGCGAACAGUGCUGCUCCUAAUCCUGCUGGGUCUGGAACAACCAAUGCAGGAGGUACUACUGGAGGCGGCGGCGGUGGUAUUACACCAACACCGAUGGGGGGGAAUCUUUUCUCCUCCGCUGGCAUGCAGCAUUUGAUCCAACAAAUGUCUGAGAAUCCACAAUUGCUGCAGGGCCUCAUGUCUGCCCCCUACAUGCAAACAAUGUUACAGGCCAUGGCCACGGAUCCGAACCUUGCCAAUAAUGUUAUUGCGUCAAAUCCUCUUUUUGCUAAUAAUCCCAUGCUUCAAUCUCAAAUGAGAGAAAUGAUGCCGACACUUAUGAAUCAGCUUCAGAAUCCAGAAAUGCAAAAUUUGCUUAGCAAUCCUCAGGCGUUAACAGCAAUACAGCAGAUACAACAAGGCUUAGAAACGCUACGGACUGCUGCUCCUGGUUUAGCAAACACUAUGGGCUUUGGAUUGGGCGGAGUGCCAGGAAUGGAUCCCGCAGGCGGGGCCAGACCUUCGGCAGGUAUCGGAACUAAUCCUGCUGCAUCUCCUACCGCAGGAGCUAAUAUUCAGUCGCCACAACCUGGGCAACAACAGCAGACUGAUUACCUUGCACAGCUUAUGUCUAGGAUGAUGGGCAGUAUGUCUAGUAAUACCAAUCCAAGCCAACCUCCUGAAGAGAGGUAUCGUUCCCAACUAGAACAGCUUUCGGCCAUGGGUUUCGCCAAUAGAGAAGCAAAUAUUCAAGCACUGAUAGCAACUUUUGGGGACGUCAACGCUGCGGUGGAAAGGCUACUAGGCAACGGACAGCUGACACCCCAGAGCUAACCUUAACCCAGCAAAAAUUGGAGUUUCACAUAAUAUCUGCUCCCUCUUGCAGGCACCCCCAACUCUGUAUUAUGGUAAAUACACUCAUUACGAAAAUUUUGUUUCUUUUCAGUUUAAAUUCCUCCCAUAAUACCACGGUUUUUUUUCUUUUUUUUCCAUUUUAUAUUAUUGACCAGUUAAUAUCAUUCUGUUUUAUGGUUUAGUUGUGGGUGUUUUAUCAUAGUGAAAUGUUUAUGUCCAUCUUUCUUUUAAUUUUGUAUAAAUUAUUACUUAAUAUACAUCAUUUUAAAAGAAAAGUUGUUAUUAAAUUAUCUGCAGUAUGUUUUAAAAUUACCUUAUAUUGAAUUGUUGGCAUUAUGUUUAUGAAUUUGUCAUUAUCAUAUUUUUAUUUUGUAGUUAAAUUGUUUGUUUGUUUUUUUUAACAUCCUUAUAUAAUUGUCAAAUAUGAUACAGAAUGAGAUACAAAGAGCCAUCUAGUUAUUUGUUUUUAUAUUAAUUGUACAUAGAAACUACUUCUGUGCUGCUGAUAGAAUUAGACAAGACAGAACAUUGUUCAAAGUAACUAGUUACAUCUGGUGGUUAUUAGUCCAAUUGUAGGUAAUGAAAUUGAAAAUUUAGGAAUUGUUUUAAAUAUAACUGGUUUCUAGUUGAACUGUUAAUAUUUUUAUUUGAGCAAAAAGUAUUCCAUAGUCAUUUAAUAACAUACGAAAACAUGAACUCUGACUAUAAGCUUACGGAGAAGGUUGUAAUAUUGAUCUUAAUGGCUGCAAGAUUUAUUUCGUUCAGAAAUUUUAUAUUACAUAAUUAUAUAUUAAUCUGAAUUUUUAAAACAUUGUCCUUAAUAUUUAAAAAUUAAAUAUCUAUUUAUAUCUUCUCUUUUUUUUAAUGUAUGAAUGUUUAAUAAAUUUGUAGUCUUGUAUGGAUGCACAUUAUUUAUUACUGUAGCUAGUAUGCAAAAUUUUGUUUGAAUAUUGCGAUUCCAAUUUUUAGUUUGGUGUAAUCUAUUUAGAUUCCUUAUGGUAACAAGCAUAUUUGAUUUUUCAAGUUUUGACAUUUUUAUCACCAGAUUUUUCUUCCCUCUUACUGCUUUUAUCCUGGGAAAUCCACUUGAUUUUUCCAUCUUAAUAUUUAGCUAUAAAAAAUUAUUUUGAUGAUAGUGUAUUGAUAAAACAGUAAAUGUUAUGGUGUGUAAAGAGUUUAUCAAGAACAAUUUUACUGUUGAUGUAAUAUGUUCUUUUAGUGUAAUUUAGUUGCCUCAUUUUGAUGUACAUAAAUAUAUAUAUUAUAUUGUUUUGGUGUAAUAAAAUACUUGAAAAUGUACAUAUUUUUUUUUUGUAAUGAUAUCCUCUUGUAAAAUUAUUUAUACAAAUUAUGGAACAAGUAAAAUUAAAACUCUAUUUGUUUUUACAAGUAUGAACUACUUGGUUGUAUGAAUUUCAUUUCAUACCUAAU